AAUUAUCGUCAAAAACUUGUCCAGUUGGACAGUGAAUUGGACUCUGACAAUGUUAAAUGUUUAAAAUAUUUAUGUUUCGAUGUGAUCCCAGCUUCGAAAUUAGAAAAAAUUACACAAGGAACUGAUUUAUUUGAGUUGCUGGAGCAGAAAGGUUUUUUAGGGAAUGGCAACUAUUUUUUUCUAGCAGAAUGCCUGAGUAAAAUUGGUAGAAGAGAUCUAUCAGAAGUUGCAUUAGACCAUAAUCAGUUAAUAACAACCCUGUUUGAAUUUGUUCUCUUCAGAUCAUUAUGGUUUGAUAUCAGUGAGGAUCUGGAUGCUGAAGAAGUCUGUAAAUGUCUGUAUUACUAUGGAGAUGUACCAAAAUCUAAAAGAGGUGGCAUCAAAUCUGGGAUCGAUUUCCUUAAUUUCUUGGAAAAAAAGAAGAAAAUUGGCCCUGACAAUAUGGACUACUUACUGGAUGUUCUAAAGACUAUAGAGAGAAACGAUCUGGUUCAAAUGAUACAAAAAUAUACAGAGAGGAUAUCUGGGGAUUUUAUAGCCGGGCCACCACCAAAAUCAAUUGGUCCACAAUCUUACAGUAUGACAUCUCCACUCGGAAAUCAAAAUAAAAUCAAUGACUUGAUUGAUGCCUUGAUGAAGAGUGAAAUGUAUCGAAUGGACAGAUAUCCCAGGGGUAUGAUUAUCAUUAUUAUUAUCAUAGAUUUUGGCUUGAAACUUCUUAUGGGCCCUUUUUUGUUUAUUGCAGAUACUUUAGAUCGGACGUUUACAGAAUUGGGUUUCCAAGUUUACGUUCACAAUGAUUUGAAAGCUGUUGAAAUGGUUCAGAUUCUGACCAGAUAUUCACAAGAAGAUCACGAGCUUUUUGAUUGUUUUGUUUGUGUGAUUCUGUCUCAUGGUACCAGAGACUAUAUCUAUGGAGCAAAUUGUGAACCAGUACCGAUUAGAACUCUAGCAGAUCCCCUUAAAAAUCUUUCCUGUCCUGGGCUGUGUGGUAAACCAAAGCUAUUUUUUAUUCAGGCUUGUCAGGGUCAAGACAAGCAACAUGAUGUUGUACGUGUUGACGAUCUGGAUGAAGAUGCUCCCCCUAAUGGUGAAGUGAUUCCUAACGAACAAGAUUUUCUGAUUGGCAUGGCAACAAUUCCAGGCUUCGUGUCGUAUCGCAGUAAAACGUCUGGAUCUUGGUUUAUCAUUAAAUUGUGCGAGGCUUUACAGAAAUUUGCCAAAUACUGGGACAUUCUACAUAUAUUAACCUACGUGAACAGUGAAGUUGGUAAAGCUAAUGCUGAUAUUGAUGGUGUUCGCUAUAAACAAUCACCAGGACCUUUAUACACUUUACGAAAACGACUCCUCUUU